AGGAGGUAUCGAAAAAUAUUGUUUUUUUUUUACGAAUAAACAAUUGAAAUUUACAAAUAUUUAAAAAAUAUAUUCGAAAUGACUGAACGAGACUACGCUCCUUUAAGUGCAGCAUGUGUCCGAGGGUUGUGCGAUAAACUAUAUGAAAAAAGGAAAUUUGCAGGUGUUGAGAUAGAAAAAAUGGUUAAAGACUUCAAUGAUGCCAACAAUACAAAUCAAAUAAAACGAUUAAUUCGUGUUCUUGGACAAGAUCUCAUGUCUUCCACCAACCCUAAUGUUAAAAAUGGAGCUCUGAUGGGUCUUUCUUCAGUUGCAGUGGGCUUAGGAAAGGGUUCCGUAACAUACAUUGGGGAGCUAACACACCCAAUCGUGGCAUGUCUGGGAGAGAGCGAGGCGCGGGUGCGUUACGCAGCCACCGAGGCGCUUUUCAACGUGCUGAAGAUCGCACGGGACGCCGCCUUGACGCAGUUCCCGCUCGUGUUCGACGCGCUCGCGAGGCUGGCCGCGGACCCCGAGCCGCAGGUCCGGCAGGGGGCCGAGCUUCUCGAUAGACUAGUCAAGGACAUCGUGACGGAGAGCCCGUGCCUGGAGCUGUCGCGCGUGGUGCCGCUGGUGCGCGAGCGCAUGUACACGCGCAGCGCGGCGGCGCGGCAGUUCGCGGUGGCGUGGGUGUCGGCGCUGGACGCCGCGCCCGCGCUGGGCCUGCGUCGCCACCUGCCCGAGCUGCUGGACGGGCUGUUCACGGUGCUGGACGACCCCAACCCGGAGAUCAGGCGCAUGUGUGACGUUCAACUGAACGAGUUUCUGCGCAGCAUAAAGAAAGACCCGUCGGAAGUUAACUUUGAAGCGAUGAUCAACAUUCUCAUCACGCACGCGCAGUCUACAGAAGAGCUAUUACAACUGACGGCCGUGACGUGGCUGAAGGAGUUCGCGGAGCUGAGCGGCGCGGGCGUGUUGCCGCACGCGUCGGGCGUGCUGCGCGCCGCGCUGCCCUGCCUCGCCUACACCGACGAGCCGCGCAAGAAGAUACGCGAAACGGCAGCCACCGUGAACCUUCAGCUGACCAAACUCGUAUCGGAUGCCCCGGAAAUCCGAGUGGGCGAGGAGGAGGGGGAGGGGCCGCGACUGCACCUCGACGCGGUGGUGGAGGUGCUGACGCAGAUGCUGCACCACAGCUCCGUGCACACCAAGGUGGCCACGCUCGACUGGAUCCUGCACCUGUACAACAAGCUGCCGGCCGAGAUGUACGCGCGCACGGAGCGCGUGUUCGUGAGCGUGGUGGGCUGCCUCACGGACGCCGCCGACGACGUCGUGCGCCGCGCGCUCGCCGUGCUCGCCGAGAUCUGCUCCUGCCCCGCCGCCAGCGCCGCCGUCGACAGCGCCGCCGCCGCCCCCGCCGCCCCCGCCGCCCCCGCCGACGCCUCGGGCGACUCAUACGGCGAUUUGGAAAACAGCCCGUACUAUCACAAGUUCCUGAACGCCCUUCUGAGGCUGCUCGCGGCCGACGAGAACCUCCUGGAAGACAGGGGAGCGUUUAUUAUAAGACAGCUGUGCGUGCUGGUGGGCGCGGAGGCCGUGUACCGCGGCGUGGCGGGCGCGGCGCGGGCGCGCGAGCCCCGCCUGGCCGCGCGGCUGGCCGACGUGCUGGCCACGCUGCUGCUCACGGCGCCCGAGCUGCACCCGCUGCGGCUGCGGCUGCGCGCCUUCGACGACGAGGCGACGGUGUCGCUGUUCCGCACGCUGUACCUGUGCUGGGCGCACAGCCCGGUGGCGCUGCUGGCGCUGUGCCUGCUGACGCACAACUACGCGCACUGCGCCGCGCUCAUCGGCACCUUCGGCGAACUUGAAAUAACUGUAGAAUUUUUGACGGAAGUCGACAAAUUGGUUCAAUUAAUCGAAUCUCCGGUAUUUGCAUACCUGCGGCUGGAGCUGCUGGGCGGGGCGGGCAGCGCGGAGCUGCGCGCGGCGCUGUUCGGCCUGCUCAUGCUGCUGCCGCAGAGCGAGGCCUUCCACGCACUGCGGCGCCGGCUGCACUGCGCGCCGCACGACAUCACGGCCCCGGCGGCGCCGCCGCAGCAGCAGUGGGAGCUGGACUUCCCGGCGCUGCUGGCGGAGUUCCGGCGCGUGCAGGCCGCGCACCGCGACCACCGCAUGCUGGAGCGCCGCCUCAGUCGCGCGCGCCUCUUCGACCCGCGCACGUAGCGACCCGUAGCGACCCGUAGCGCACGCGUAGCGCAGCGUAGCCCGCACGAUCAUUUGCUUACUGCCGUGCGUGCGCUCGGCUCGCGGGCUGCGGUCCAUCCGCUUCUUCCGGAGAACUUGUAUACCUGCUCGAUCGUGAACCGCUCCUACGAGAUUGAACGGCUAGUUGUAAAUAAAUCUAAGAUCUAUGAGUUCGAUAUUAUAUAUUUAAUUAUUUAAUUUGCGAAGCGACGACAGUUUUUUAUCUCCAAUGAUUAACGAGGAACCAACGGCGCUAGAAAGCUGGCGAACCCAAAGAGCACAUUAUAACAGAAAGCUAUUUCACUCCAGAGAGCGCACCCUGCGCCGGUAGUUCAUAUUUGUGCCGCAAUAGCGCUUGUUCACGCAAAUGUUCGAUGCUCGCGAUGAGUGAGUAGAAAUUUAUUGACCGAACGAAAGUAGCAAAUAUAUUUACAAUCAAAGAUUCGUGUAUAUACAUUAUAGAUAUUUAAGACUUGAAUUUUAUAGAAUAUACGAUAAGCAC